GGAAUGGUCUAUCAACAUCGGCACCAAUCAGACCGUAUCAUCGCAGAGCACCGUAUUCCGCGCGUUUUUUUUUGGUGCCUGCUUUGCUGUGUUGCUGGUUGUUUCUGCUGUUUCGAGGACCAAUGCUCCCUACCACGUGUGCAAAAUUACAAGCGAUUGUCCAUCUGAGCCACUCGGCUGAUGGUGCAUCAGUGGAGAAUUCUGAUCCUGGAAAGCAGGAUCAUGCCAGGAGUUUCCAUGACUGUGCAACACCUGCUCAACAUCUGUGUAUUGGGUGGUGAGGAAGGAAGAAGUUGUGGGAUCCAGUCAUUCCUUAAAUUGUGCACCAAAAUGGAUGUUGGUGUCCCGCAUUGGUGCGGGACACCAAAACAAAUAUGGCAGCCGGCGGAGCAAGCCGAACACGCCUAACGCGUUUUUUUCUCUCUUUUCUGCAUUGAUGCAUUCCAGCUGUCCAGCAAAUGCAGAUGGUGCAGUUAGAUGAAGGAUACCGCCACUGCUGCAGCUCCUGUGACUAUGAGAUGGAUCAACUGUGAUCUGAAGUGUCUGCCACAAUCCGUACAGCCCAGUGUCUCUUUGAAUUUCAUUUGUGCCCUUGGAGCUUCUUGCAAACAUUCAAGCUGAAGCAACAUUUCCAUGCUUGCACAUACAAACGGCCAUUAGAGCUCACAAAAAGCUCGUUUAAACCAAUACCUGUGCAUCCACACAGGUGAGAUGCCAUUUCAUUGCCAUUUAUGCCCUCAGAGCUUCAUGGAGGAGUCUAGACUGAAGAAGCACCUGUGCAUCCACAGCGACGAGAGGCCGUUUCACUGCCCUUCUUGCCCUCAAAGCUUCAAACAAAAGAAUGCUCUGAACCAACAUCUGCGGACUCACACAGGCGAGAGGCCAUACCAGUGCCCUGCGUGCCCUCAGAGCUUCUCACGAAAGAGUAUUCUAAACCGACACCUGCACACCCACUCAGGCGAGAAGCAAUAUCAGUGCACUGCAUGCCCUCAAAGCUUCUCACAUAAGGUUAAUCUUAUUCAACACCUGCGCAUCCACACAGGAGAGAAGCCAUUUCAGUGCCCUGCAUGCCUUCGAAGCUUCUCACAAAAGGCUAAUCUUAACCGACACCUGCGCACUCACAUAGGUGAGAAGCCGUUUCAGUGCCCUUCGUGCCCUCGGAGCUUCUCACGAAAGAGUAGUCUAAACCGACAUCUGCACACCCAUACAGGCGAGAGGCCAUAUCAGUGCCCUGCAUGCCCUCAAAGCUUCUCACAAAAGGAUUAUCUUACCCUACACCUGCGCAUCCACACAGGAGAGAAGCCAUUUCAGUGCCCUUUUUGCCCUCAAAGCUUCUCAGCAAAGAGUAAUAUGAACGAACAUCUGCGCACCCAUACAGGCGACAGGCCAUAUCAGUGCCUUGCAUGCUCUCUUAGCUUCUCACGAAAGAUUACUCUUAACCGACACCUGCGCAUCCACACAGGUGAGAAGUCAUUUAAGUGCCAUUUAUGCCCUCAGAGCUUCUCACAAAAGAGCAGUGUGGACCAACACGUGCGUACUCACACAGGUGAGAAGCCAUUUCACUGCCCUUCAUGCCCUCAGAGCUUCUCACGAAAGACUCAUGUGACCCGACACCUUCGCAUCCACACAGGUGAGAAGCCAUUUCAGUGUCCUUCGUGCCCUCAGAGAUUCUCACAAAAGACUCAUGUGACCCGACACCUUCGCAUCCACACAGGUGAGAAGCCAUUUCAGUGCCCUUUGUGCCCUAAAAGCUUCUCAGCAAAUAGUGAUCUGAUCCGACAUGUGCACACACAUUCACACAGGCGAGAUGCCAUAUCAGUGCCCUUUAUGCACUGAAAGCUUCUCACAAAAGUCAACAUUGAAGGUUCACCUGCACUUCCACUAAUGUGAGAGGCCGUUUCAGAGCCGUUUAUGUCUUGAGAACUUCUUGGGGAAGUCUGCAUAAAACUGACACCCACGUAUCCACACAGGCGGGAGGCCAUUUCAAUGCCCUGCAUUAACACUGGGCUAUCCUCAAGUCCUGACUGAAGGUUCACUUGUGCAUCCACUCAGCGAGAGGCCGUGUCAGUGCUCUUCAUGUUGUAGGAGGUAUUUGCGGAAAUUCGCACUGAACUGCACUUCCGCUGAUGUAAGGGGCUGUUCAGCGCCCUUCAUGUCCUGAGAACUUGUCGUGGAAGUCUGUACUGAAAGGACAGCCACUCGUUCACAUAAAGUCCUGAGUGAAGGAUCACCGGUUCAUCCACUCAGUGAGAGGCCGUGUCAGUGCUCUUCAUGUCCUCAGAGUUAUUCCGGAAGUUUGCACUGAACUGACACAUGCAAAACCCACUUAAGCAAGAGGCCCAACACAAUGGCAGCCCCGCAAACCCAACCCCACGCCUGAGCAGUGGGAGGCCUUGCUGACUAGCUCGGACCCUCGUGAUAAGCAGCAACUGGUGCAGCAGGCCCAGGAGACAGCAAGAUGUACAGGAGCCCUGGACUGAGGGCACUUCCCCGCACAAGCAGAAACACCUGCUUGUAUUUUUUUUUUCAAUAAAUGUUUUUCCACCUCCUCCUCCACUUAA